CCGCUUAGAGUCUUCUCUGUGUGGCCAACAAAAACCAAAACUCAAGCAGUACACAGCACGCAAUCGUCGUUCAUUGCUUCCGUGAGGCUGAUCCUACACCUGCAUGGCUUUGCGCUCCCUUACCGUUUCCUAUGUCUCGCACUUGCCGUUUAUACCGGUAUGGAAUUUCCUUUUAGCGUAGAUUUUUUAGAAUUCGAGUUUAAUGUUAUCGAGAAGGACCUAAAGGUUAGGGAUGCGUCCAAGAUAGGACCGCUACAGGAUCUGCCCCAUGAUGAGCAACAUCGCUGUGUUCGCUCGUCUUCGAGAGUGCAGGAACGUCUGGGUCUCGUCAUCGAUGCUUUGGGCGAGGCAUCGUGCGCGGCGCAGGGCCUGCCAGCGCCGGUGACCACAAGCGACCGAUUGCAAAACUCGGGCCACCGCGUCUACAUUCUUGUCGAGCCAAACGAUCGUGGAGGCGCUGUGCUGGGCCUGCUGAAGGUGGGCUUCAAGCAGCUGUUUCUACGUGAUGGGCACAGUCGACUUUGUCAGGUGCGGCCGCUUUGCCUCUUGGACUUCUAUGUGCAGCAGAGUAGGCAGCGGCAAGGCUACGGGAGGCGCCUCUUUGAUCGAAUGGCCCAGACGGAGCAAAUAGCGGCAAAUCAGCUAGCCAUUGAUCAGCCCUCGGAGAAGAUGUUGGCUUUCAUGGAGCGCCACUUUAGCCUCUCCCAACCUCUGCCUCAAAGCAACCACUUCGCUGUGUUUCCUGGCUUCUUUCAAGUAUCUGUCGAGCAGCCACGCCCCCCUGAACAGAAUGUUUCAUCUGAAAAAAUUGUUCGUGCCCGAGUAAGACGUCCACACUCACUGGACUCUUCUCUCGUUGGCAGCUGCUUGGACUGGCCUAGUUACGAAGGACCUCAACCCGCAAGCCGAUCUAGGCAGGUCUAUCGGGGCCGUCAGCCACUAGCCCUAAAAAAGGCUAGCAGCACAAAGAUAUGCUGCCUUCACCGUGGUAAGUUGUGGCCGCGAGUACGACGGUGCAUGUGUGGUACGGAGCUGUGUCAGAGAGAGCUCCGGUGUGAAGUCGUGGCGUUCUUGCAGAGGGCCGCGCCUCCGAAGCUCGAGGUUCGUGGCCGACUCCCCGAGAGCAGCUACAGCCGCGCUGCUCGACCAAGUGCUCCAGCUCGUGGGGGAUCUUCGGCCUGUCACCGCCCGACCACUGCCGAGCCAGUUGGCACUGAGUCUUCUGCUAGUUAUUUAUUCGCGACCUUAUGUAAUAAAUGCCCCAUGGCGAGGGCCACACCGGUGUGCAUAGCAUUGGCCUAAUGAGACAGCUGUAGCAGUCGCAGCAGGGGUGGCAGCAGUAUGACCCAUUGGCCGGCGGGGGCGCUGCCGGCCGACUCCUGCUGGGGCACCGUGUGUAGUUGCAGCGCGGCAGUCCUAGCGACGGCCGUCGUGGAGCGGACGCAGGGCGGGCACAGGCUGGCAUUGGGGGCCACGCAGCUGAGCGCCACGGCCUGAAGCGGUGCUCGGCACACGCAGGUGCCCUGCGAGCCGCAGUAGGCGCCGCGAGGCAGGCACUGCUCGUCGAAGCUGCACGGCCAGCCGAGCAUGGCGGCGUGGCGACACGUGGUGUGACGGGACGCAAGGCGCACUGGCUGGGCGCCUUCGCAGCGGCAGCGGCCUUGGCGGCACACUGCGCCGCGCGUCACGCACGGCUCCGGACCGCGGCAGGAGUCGCUGAAGAGCGAACCCACGAAGACAGAGUCCGAGCUUAGCUUUCCGUCGGCCACGGCUAGGCAGCGGAGCUCGUAGCGGCCGGACGCAGAAGGCAGCCGGUCGAGGCGGUGCAGCACGAGUCCAUGUGCGCGCAGCCACAGGUUCUUGCUUAGCCGGCCCGUGAAAAUGCUUUCGAGAGCCGCGUCGUCAGGCGGUCUGCCGUUGAUGGUCCAGGCGGUGUGUGCCGCCUGAGUGUACGUGAUGCUGCAACUUAAGUUGACGGCGCCGUCGCGCAGGUACGGCGCCUCGGAAGUGAUAUGCGCCACGCCGAGGGCCUCCUGGCCGCUGACGCCCAGUGCAGGCCACACGAGCAGCACCAGAUUCAGGACCCGCAUGGGCAGCCGGGCAUAGCUUUCGCGAAUGUUUUGUUUGCCUCUAG